AUGAGAUUCUCACAGCCAUGUCUAAGUUUGUUACUAGUUUUAGCCAAUGUCUUAGUCGAUAACUGUGUUGCAGCUGAACUUCCCAACAAUGGCCAUAGACUCAACCCGGCGUGCUUUUGGUUAUACCCUCCACCGGAUUAUGACUAUCCUAGCCCAACUCUGACGCCACCAUUAGAAUCCCCAAAUCCGCCAACACAUGGACGGCCUCCUUCACCAAAACCUCCAAUUAGUCCACCCCCAACUCCAACCUCUCCACCAAAACCUCCUUGUUCUCCCCCAAAAAAGCCACCUCCAACUCCAACUUCUCCACCAAAACCCCCUUGUUCUCCCCCAAUAAAGCCACCUCCGACUCCAACUUCUCCGCCAAAACCCCCUUGUUCUCCCCCUAUAAAGCCACCUCCAACCCCAACUUAUCAGCCACCACCAGUACCCACAGCUCCGCCAAAACCCCCUUGUUCUCCCCCAAUAAAGCCACCACCAACUCCAACUUCUCCACCAAAACCUCCUUGUUCUCCACCAAAAAAGCCACCUCCAACCCCAACUUAUCAGCCACCACCAGUACCCAUAACUCCCCCAAUUAUUAGUCAUCCCCCACCAACUCACAAACCUCCAGCAUGUCCACCAACCCACAAGCCACCUCCAACCUCCCCACCACCAAAGGCACAUCAACCCCCUCCACAAAUAUCACCACCAGUUCAAAAACCUCCUCCAACUCCAACUUAUCAACCGCCAACACCAUCUCCUCCAAUAUCUAGUCCUCCACUUUCGCCUCCACCAACGCCUAAACCUCAUCCAUGUCCACCUACCCCCAAACCUCCUAUUAAACCUCCAGAAACACCACAUACAGAACAGCCUCCAUCAUCUCCUCCACUAGUUUAUACACCCCCAGUAAGCCCUCCUCCAACAUAUGGAUACCCUCCACCAUCAUACCAGACAUAA